AUGCGCUUCUCUGAUAUCGGCAUUGCACUCAUGACACUGGCUGUCUCGGUCUACGGUCAGGGGACCGAACAGCCAGUCACCAACCUCAACGACGUCCGACCAGGUCACAUCGAAGACAUGGCGGCGCUUCCCUACGAGAUCCAACGCUGCAUCAACCUCAACGUACCCAUGGCCUGGCACUUCUACCCCGACCACCUCGAUCUCUUCUGCGACAAGAACACCGGAAACUGGCACCAAGACCUCCCCAUCUGCAUCGCCAACGCUUUCCCCUCGUCUCCCGCCCACGCCAUCUCCCUCUACAACAUCUUCUCCUCUUCCCUGUGUCGCGGCUACGCAGGUCCAGGAAUGCCUUUGACGACUCUGCUCACCGUCAACGACCGCGUGACUAUCAGUACCAUCUUCCCCACGCCCUCGGAGACGAGCAAAUCUGCGGACGCUUGCUCCUACGGGACUCUAUACCGCAAACUUGCUCAACCAAGACCACUGAUCUCGCCAGAAGCAGAAACAGCGAUCCUGGAACAUCCCGAGCGUGAUCUCCAGGGCAUCUGGAAACAUAUACAAACACCCCAUCUCUCCCUCUCUUCUUCCCUCCUCUCAUUCCACGGAACCAUCUUGACAAGUUGCCUCUCCACUCCUCAACACCAAGAAAAGAUCCUCUCUCUCAACUUUCCAUCACUUAUCACCUCUUCACAAGAUUUGCAAACCAUGUCUACCUCUCUCAACGCCCAAGAAGCAAUGCCUUCAACCGUUGAAGACGAACCCCAGGCCCGUGGAAUCUUCGACAUGAAGAAUCUUCUCGCAGAGCUGAGUGACAUUGAGAAGCAGCCUGCGACCACAAAACAGCCAGACCUGCACCAACAGACAAAAGCGAGUAUGCCUCGUUACUUCCCCCUUUCUCACGCACAUCCUCAGCCAAAAAAAUUCUUGUUCUGA